GUUUCCGGCCUGACAAUGGCCUUUCAUUUCAGUGCUAAUCAGUUCGAGGACCGCUUCCAGGCGCCAGGACUCUGCAAUUGGGAGUAUCCACGCUUUGCACCGCCACGACCUAGGUUACUAUUGAAGAAAGCCACGCCCAUAGUAGCCAAUAACGGUCACCUGCUGCCCACGGCCCGUAGGGACGGAAACUCCUUUGGACGCUUCCGUGGGACAUACGAGCUACCGCUGAAGAUCACCCGCAGCUUUUGCUGCCACUACGAUGCCUGUCUGAGCGGACGCUACAAGUUCCGUGACUUUCCGCGAGAUCUGUGCAACUGCCAGCUGCAGAACCGCCGGGCCUUGGCCUGCGACAAACGGAUGACACUGGGCGUUGUCGGGGAUCCGUAUUGGGCGCGACCUAAGUGCAUGCCCAAGUGCGAGGGCAUCCAGAAGAUCAAGGAUCUCCAUCAGCGGAGUGUCAGCUGCAAGCGGGCCAGUUGUGAAGUCAAGAGCUGCAGAACGAUUACCAUGCCGGGCAAGUCUCGAAUAACCUGCGUCAAGGUGGAAAGACACCGCAAGCGGCCCAUCACUGCUUUCGCCGUGAAUCAUGAGUCCCGAUAGGUGCCCAAAGGGGGAGCAGAGACCGAAACCCAGAAGCAGAUACAGAAGAAAAAGACGCAGAUCCAUAAACCAGGCAAAUUCCACUCAUUCUGAGUCAUCAAUUCCAGGCACAAUAUGUACUUUCAAUAACCAAUAAAUCCAGGCAUCUAUUGAAGCA